CUGGGGGCCGGGUCAGGUAUUAGACAGGCUCAGGUGCCGCCCGGUUGAACGUUGCACCGCAGGGCCGCGACGCCAACUCUGCAAUGAAAUGCGGCACGCGCUGAUGGAGAUAUUGCUUGGUAGAGCGCGGCCUGCGGCCCUGCGCCGCGGCGGCGGAGGCGGCAAUGGUUGUCGUGGAAGGCCUGGCCCCACCAGCAGCAGCAGCAGCAGCGGUACAGGGCCUCGCGCCCUGGCGGCGGCAGCGGCCCUGGGCCCAGCAGUGGCGGCAUGCAUGUGCGUAGCGGAGCGGGGCGAGCAAGGCCACGUGGAGGAGGAGAGCGCGGCGCCGCCCACAAAGCAGCGCUGGCGCGCAGGUUGAGGCCGGCCGGUGGCUGGCUAGCGGUCUUUGCUGGCGAGCAUAGCACAGCACAGUAUGUGGUAGGCCGCAGCAGUGAGGAGUGUUGUGGCUAGAGGAUUUCCUGCUGCUUGGGUGAUUGCUGGCUGUGCUGUUGCUUGGCAGCGGGACGUGGCUGGACGCAUGGCGGGCUGUGCCUAUACGAACCGACCCCGGCUAUGUCUGGGAGAUGAGGUAGACGCUUGCGGCCUCAGGCUAGAGACGUGGCGUGGGCGCAGCCCGCUUGUCCCAUGCCAGAGGAAACACAUAUCU